AUGUUCUCUUCUCCCCAGUUCUCCCAGUAUCUACAUGAGAAUGCAGCCUAUGUGCGCCCCCUGGAGGAAGGACUAGUGCAACUACACCAGAGCAUCACAGAGGACACAGUAACAGUACUGGAGACUGUGGGGAAACUGAAGGACUUCGCUGAUCAUUUCACAUCCUACACCCACUUUCUGCAGAAGAUUCUACCAUACCAGCUCAAAAGUCUGGAGGAAGAGUGCAGGGCUCCUUUGUGUACCUCCUCUCUCAUCUCUAAGAACCAGGAGCUGCAGAGUGGCAUGAAGAGAAUCACGUCAGUGUUCGACAAACUACACAGCUACAUCAUCCUACUGGCCUUACCUAGUGAGUUGUAUCAUCCUACUGGCCUUAGCUAGGGAGUUACAGUGCCUUCAGAAAGGAUUCACACCCCUUGACUUAUUCCACAUUU